UUAUUGCCCAUUCGUUCUCAUUGUUCUUCUCGUCCAUUCAAUCUUUUUCUCCCUCCACAAAUCAUCAUCAUCCUCCCAUUUCUUCCACAUAAAAAUACGCCCCCAAUUCGCCAAAUCGCUCCGUUCUCUGUUUUUUCACUCACCCACAAAACCCACUUCACUCUUCUUCUCUGCAUCAUCAUCAUCAAUGGCGUCUGCGGCUUCCCGUGCCACUUUCCAUCUCCUUCCCACCACAUCCUCUUCCACUUCUUCAACCCGCUCUGCGCUUCUUCAAUUUUCCCCAUCCACCACUUCCUCUUCCUCAAUUCGCCUCCGCAGCUCCGCCACUCAGCGCCUUGGCUUUGCUGCCGCAGACCCACUUUUCUCCCUCCAUGUCGCUUCCAAGAUUCGGUCGUUUGGGGGCAAGGCUUCGAGGGGUGUGGUGUCCAUGGCCAAGAAGAGCGUUGGGGAUUUGACUGCUGCUGACUUGAAGGGGAAGAAAGUGUUCGUCAGGGCUGAUCUGAAUGUGCCAUUGGAUGAUAAUCAGAAUAUUACUGAUGACACUAGGAUCAGGGCUGCUAUUCCUACAAUCAAGCAUUUGACGGAGAAGGGAGCUAAAGUCAUUCUCUCCAGUCAUCUGGGACGACCAAAAGGUGUGACUCCAAAGUACAGCUUGGCACCUCUUGUGCCUAGGCUUUCUGAACUCCUUGGCAUUCAGGUUGUGAAGGCUGAUGACUGCAUUGGUCCUGAGGUUGAGAAGUUGGUUGCUUCCCUGCCUGAGGGUGGAGUCCUUCUCCUUGAAAAUGUGAGAUUCUACAAGGAAGAAGAGAAAAACGAACCUGAGUUUGCAAAGAAGCUUGCUUCUCUAGCUGAUCUUUAUGUGAACGAUGCAUUUGGAACUGCACAUAGAGCUCACGCUUCGACUGAGGGAGUCACCAAGUUUUUGAAGCCAUCCGUAGCUGGUUUCCUCUUGCAAAAGGAACUUGACUAUCUAGUGGGGGCCGUUUCAAGCCCAAAGAGGCCAUUUGCUGCUAUUGUUGGUGGUUCAAAGGUCUCUUCGAAAAUUGGAGUGAUCGAGUCACUUCUAGAAAAGUGUGACAUCUUACUCCUCGGUGGUGGAAUGAUCUUUACAUUUUACAAGGCACAAGGACUUUCAGUUGGUUCAUCUUUGGUGGAAGAGGAUAAGCUAGAACUAGCAACCUCCCUCCUUGCGAAGGCCAAGGCGAAAGGAGUAUCCCUUUUACUACCAACCGACGUCGUCAUUGCAGACAAGUUCGCUCCAGAUGCAAACAGCAAGAUUGUCCCAGCAUCCGCCAUCCCUGAUGGAUGGAUGGGGCUGGACAUUGGACCAGACUCUGUAAAGACAUUCAAUGAUGCCUUGGACACUACCCAAACUAUCAUCUGGAAUGGACCAAUGGGAGUGUUCGAAUUUGACAAGUUUGCAGUCGGCACAGAGUCGAUUGCUAAGAAACUUGCAGAGCUUAGCGGAAAGGGGGUGACGACCAUCAUCGGAGGUGGAGACUCGGUUGCAGCUGUGGAGAAGGUGGGAGUUGCAAGCGUCAUGAGCCACAUUUCGACCGGUGGGGGUGCUAGUUUGGAGUUGUUGGAAGGCAAAGAACUUCCCGGUGUCCUUGCUCUUGAUGAGGCCGUACCUGUCGCCGUGUAGGUGAUGGAUUAUUUGAUUUAAUUUUUUUUUUCUCCCCAUUGCAAUUGAAUGCUUAAAUUGCAAUGUGUAACAGAGAAAUAUAUAUUGUUGUAGAAGAAGAUGAGUUUUUGUUGUAAAAGUGGUAACUUCAACUGUUGUUCCCUUUCUGUCUCUGCAUUUGACUUUCCCUUGCUUACUGGGAACAGACUGUAGGGAUAACAACUGCCUUAAGAGUUGUAAUAAAUUUGUGCAUGAAUGUCCAUUUUCCUCCUUGCCA